AUGCACUCGUCCACCACGCACAGUUCAGCAGCAGCAGAAAGUUCGCCAAUCCAAAACCCCGUCCACGCAGGACCCUCGCUCACCCCUUUGCCACUCUUUGUAUCAAUGCGUCGCCUCCUGCAAAGUCUGCGCCAAGAGCCAGCAGCGUUGCGGCCUGAGAGCCAGCAAAGCGCACAAAAAAUGCGCAAGGAAGCAACGAAACACGCUAGACACUUGCGUGGUGAGCAUCCACACACAAGUGCCGCGCAGCCUGUGUGUCAGAUGAAGCAGUCGUUAGCCCCCCUUCCCGAUUCCCACAGCCCAGAGGACACGCUUCCUGCUUCUGCUCGGACAUGCAAUACCAGAUACACCAGAGGAUCUGAAACCGUCGUGUGCUCUGGCAGCGACUGUGCUGCUGCUGCGUCUACGGCUUCUGAUGCCUCUGCUGCAGCCUCCGCAGCUGCUUCACAGGUAUCAGCAGCAGCAGCGGCAGCGGCAAGAGCAGGCAAAACGAGCGAAAUAGAUGGGGAGUCGCUCUGGGGGGAUCUUGAGGUGGAGAGUUGGGGCUUUGAGUUGGACUCGUUGCUGUCUGAUCUUGCGACCGACAGCGACAUGGCGUUUGGUGCUGCUUUUGGAGUUGAAUUGGAAGAUUCCGAGCUAUUUGGCACGGAGGAGGGUACUCUGGCAGCCCUUGUGACGGAGAUGGUGAAAACGAUGAACGUGAAAGACUGGACCGCCUAUUUCGCUCUGCGGGUGAAUGCUGAGAAGGAGUUAGAUUUGACAAAUACAGCAGAGGCGCUGGUGCUCUUUGCAGAGCACAACGACGCAUGGGCUUCUGCUGGUAUUGCCCAACAGAUGUUUCGUCAAGAUACUCCCGCUCGACUCUCAGCCGUCCCCUUGGACCGCAGUCGUCUCCCAGGCAGCAGCAAGCCACCAAUGUGCCGCUGUUGUAGUUAUAGCGCGUUGGCUGUAGCAGUGGCAUCAGUGCGUGCUGCUGCUGUGCGCGAGGCGGGGUUGCCACGGACGAGUGCAGCAACCGAUGCUGCAUUAUAUGCUGCUGCGGCAGUAUGUGGUGAGGGGAUUGCUGCUGCUGCUGCUGCAGAGUUGGUUGCUGCACAGAUUGUGGCUGCCAUGAGGGGUGCCUAUGCAGUACAUGCUGCUGCUGCAUAG